UAGCUAGUACUCUGAUCUACAAGCUAAUUUAAGCGAUAGAUGCACGAAUGAAGGAACUUUAAUUUCAAGCGCGGGAGACUGGAGAGCGAUGGGUAGUAUUUUUUCCUUGGCAAAAUCUCGUAAACAGAGCAAUACUGCUUCAAGCAGAAGCCCCGGAACAACGUCAACAACCCGUGCAUCAUCGUACCGUGGACAAACCCAACCCCCUGGUUCUCGUAAUAAUAGUUUUACUUCCCUCCGGCGAACCCUUUCUUCCAAGAUGGCAAGCAGUAGCGUCGGAAAAACCGAGGAAGCUGAGAAGAAGACGAGGGCGAAGAACAAGUACCAGUACAUCCCUGAUAACUUCACUUCCCUUGAUCAGAUUACAGCAGCCUUGAGGGAAUCAGGUCUAGAAUCAUCAAAUCUAAUUAUUGGUAUUGACUUCACAAAGAGUAAUGAAUGGACAGGCAAAGUGUCAUUCAACAAUAGGAGCCUCCAUACAAUUGGUGAGCAGCCUAAUCCAUAUGAGAAAGCCAUAUCUAUUAUUGGGAAAACACUGGCUCCACUUGAUGAAGACAAUUUGAUUCCCUGUUUUGGGUUUGGUGAUGUGGGUACACAUGACCAACAAGUGUUCAGCUUUCACUCUCAUCAUUCCCCUUGUCAUGGCUUUGAAGAAGUCUUAGCUUGCUACAGGAACAACGUCUCAAAUUUGAAAUUAUCUGGGCCAACAUCUUAUGGGCCAGUCAUAGAUGCUGCAAUAGACGUGGUGGAGAAAAGUGGCGGGCAAUUCCAUGUCCUGGUUAUUAUAGCAGAUGGGCAGGUUACAAGAAGUGUUAAUACAAGGGAUACAGAACUCAGCCCUCAGGAAGAGAGAACUAUUUCUUCUAUUGUCGAUGCAAGUAUGUAUCCUCUAUCUAUUGUUCUGGUUGGUGUUGGUGACGGACCUUGGGAAGACAUGAAAAAUUUUGAUGAUAGAAUUCCUACUCGUCAAUUUGACAAUUUUCAGUUUGUCAAUUUUACUGCCAUCAUGUCAACAUAUAGAACUGAUUCUGAAAAAGAAACUAGGUUUGCCCUUGCUGCACUUAUGGAAAUCCCUAUCCAGUAUCAAGCAGCGAAAGAAUUUGGUCUACUAGGGCAUGUGACAGGUAAAGCAAAGAAAGUAAUUCCACGACCCCCACCUAUUCCAUAUACGCAUCGUCAACCAAAUAGUCUUUCAACAUCUACACAUGAUGAAGAAACUCAGGCAUGCCCAGUGUGUUUGACGAGUAUGAAGGACAUGGCCUUUGGUUGUGGACACACGACUUGCAGGGAAUGUGGUGCAAUAGUGUCUGACUGUCCAAUUUGUCGCCAGCGAAUAACCAGUCGUAUUCGGCUAUAUAUGUGACUCAAGGGAUCAUGUAUGCAUGUAUAGAUCGAGCUAGUUUAUAUUUUUUUGUCCCUUCUUUGCGGAGACUAUUAGAGGUAAAUCCACCUCUAAUUCAUAAUAAAUAUUUUGAUAGAAGAAUUAGCUUAUUUAUAACGGUUUGA